CACACACACACACACACACACACACACACACACCCUGUCGCGGUAACAUCAGGUAAAUGAGAAGUGACUGGGAGGACGGGCGAGGGAACAGACGCUACUGCAGUUCUGCAGGUUUCUGUGAAACUGGACAAUCAGCUCAGAAGUGGAGUCACUUCACUUGUGGAGAGUCACUUUUGAACUUUCACUCAGAGUUACGGCUUCUUGGACAUCAGUCUGCCGGAUAUUUGGACCUUUCCUUAUAAUUUGGAACAUGUGAGGAGGUUUUCUAUGCCAUGUUGGAUCGGAGACAGCAGUUUGAGGGGAAAGUAAACAAUCAGACCACAGCUGGAAAAUGACUUCACACCCGGUGACAUAAGUGAGGAUCACAAAGACGAUACGUGUCAUAACCAUGACGUCCACGGGGAAACAGCCUCGGGGCCUCGCCGCUCUGUUUCCGUGCUGCUACAGAGAAAGUGACCAACCGGAAAUCACCUACUGCCAUGAAAACGUCAUGCAGAUGGAGCCCACCAUACCCAUGCCCCCCCUCCAGGAGCUCGACGCCAAGUUCACCGAAGUGGUGGAUGAACUUGGGCUCCCAGAGCAGCAAAGAGCGGCAAUGUUUGCUAUGCCAGCAGAAAAGAAGUGGCAGAUUUACUGCAGUAGGAAAAUGGAAGCAGACGAGGAAAAAGCAGCAACAAGCUACCCUCAAUUCUACAUCAACCAGCUCAACACAAUGGCCAUUAUGAAGCCUGUGUUGGCGUUGGAUGAAGAAGAACAAUCCAGGCUGAAGAAUGUCAAUGGUCUGAAAACAGCUCUGCGGACUCAGCCAAUAAGAUUCGUGACCGGCUUCCUUGAGCAAGAUGGCCUCUCCUGCAUUCUAAACUUCCUUAAGUCCAUGGACUAUGAGACGGUCGAAUCCCCGGUCCACACAUCGCUGAUUGGCUGCAUCAAGGCCCUGAUGAACAGCUCUGAGGGCAGAACCCACGUCUUGGAACACCCAGAGAGCAUCAACAUCAUUGCUCAAAGUCUAGUUGCGGAAAACAUCAAAACCAAGGUGGCAGUCUUGGAGAUCCUCGGUGCUGUGUGUCUGGUUCCAGGAGGCCAUAAGAAAGUCCUGGAGUCCAUGCUGCACUACCAGACCUUUGCCUCAGAGAGGACUCGCUUCCAGAACCUGAUGAUGGACCUGGACCGGUCCACAGGUCGCAACAGGGACGAUGUCAGCCUGAAGACGGCCAUCAUGUUCUUCGUCAAUGCUGUACUCAGUCAGGGAGCAGGAGAGACCAGUCUGGAGUUCCGGAUCCAUCUGCGUUAUGAAUUUCUGAUGUUGGGUAUCCAGCCAAUCAUGGACAAGCUUCGGUCCCAUGAAAACAUCACCCUGGACAGGCACAUAGACUUUUUUGAGCUGCUGAGAAACGAAGAUGAGCUUCAGAUGUCUAAACGCUUCGAUGGCAUCCACAUCAACACCAAGAGUGCAAACCAGAUGUUUGAUGCGAUCAAGGGUAAACUAAGCCAUACUGAAGCUUACCCUCACUUGCUGUCUGCUCUCCAGCACUGUCUCAUGAUGCCAUACAAUAGGAACAGGACAAUGCUUCAGUACUGGGUGCUAUUGGACCGGAUCAUUCAGCAGCUGGUUCUGCAAACAGAUAAAGGGGAAGACCCAGAUGUGGCCCCGCUGGAGGAUUUCAAUGUAAAGAAUAUUGUGCGCAUGCUGGUAAAGGAAAACGAGGUUAACCAGUGGAAGGAACAAGCAGAUCAAAUGCGAAAAGAGCAUCAGAAGCUGCAGCAACGCUUGGAGAAGAAAGAGAAUGAGUGUGAAGUCAAGAAUAAGGAGAAAGAAGACAUUAUGGAGACUCUGAACAAGAUGAAAAACAAGUUAGAGAAAGAGCGCAACGAGCACACACAAGCUAAACAACAAGUGGUGGAAUUGACUGCUCGUCUGCAGCAGCUCAGUUCUAGCUCAGGUGUUCCAGGAGGACCUCCAAUCACCUCUGGUGGUUUUCUUUCAUCUGUUUCAACCCCUGGUUCUCCUGCUCCUCCACCACUGCCUCCUCCGGGAGGUCCCCCUGCCUUUGGAGUAGCCCCUCCUCCUCCGCCUCCUCCUCCACCUCCUCCUCCUCCUCCAGGACUUGCUUUGGGGGUGACAGAAAAGAAGAAAAACAUCCCCCAGCCGUCCAGCCCACUGAAGUCCUUCAACUGGAGCAAACUACCAGAGACCAAGAUAGCAGGAACCAUCUGGAAAGACAUCGACGAUCGGGAUGUGUUCAAAGAUCUGGAUCUGGGGGAGUUUCAGACGACUUUCUCAGCUUACCAGCGUCCUACAAAAGAUACUGGAGAUGCUGAGUCUGUUAAAAAAGUCAAGGAGCUGUCGGUGAUUGAUGGCCGCCGAGCGCAGAACUGCAACAUCCUGCUGUCACGACUGAAGAUGACCAACGAGGAGAUCUGCCAGGCCGUCCUCAGCAUGGAUGAUCAGGAGGAGUUGCCCAAAGACAUGUUGGACCAGCUGUUGAGGUUUGUACCUGAGAAGAGUGACGUGGAUCUUUUAGAGGAACACAAACACGAGCUGGAGAGGAUGGCUCGAGCUGACCGCUUCCUUUAUGACAUGAGCAGAAUCAACCACUACCAGCAGAGACUUCAGGCUCUUCACUUCAAGAAGAAAUUCACCGACCGAAUGGCCGAGGUUACACCAAAAAUCAGAGCUCUCAGUCUUGCCUCCACGGAGGUGGUUCACAGUCAGGCUCUCCGCCAGCUCCUGCAGGUGGUCCUGGCCCUUGGGAACUACAUGAAUAAAGGUCAACGAGGAAAUGCCUACGGAUUCAAAGUCUCUAGCCUCAACAAGAUGAUUGAUACCAAAUCCAGCAAUGACAGAAACAUCACUCUGCUGCACUACAUGAUCACUGUGCUGGAGAAGAAGUUUCCUGCAGCCGCAUCUUUCAGCAAGGAGCUGCAGAGCGUUCCAGAAGCUUCUAAAGUCAACAUGACCGAGUUGGAGAAGGAAAUCAACACUUUAAGGUCUGGCCUGAAGAGCAUUGAGGCGGAGCUGGAGUACCAGCAGACCCAGUCCUCCAAGCGUCCAGUCGAUAAGUUUGUUUCUGUGGUCAGUCAGUUCAUCACCGUCGCUUCCUUCAGCUUCUCAGAUGUGGAAGAUCAACUGCGAGAGGCUAAAGACCUGUUUGUAAAGGCCCUGACGCACUUUGGGGAGGACCCAUCCAACCAGCAGCCAGAUGACUUCUUCGGGAUCUUCAACAGUUUCCUCUUGGCAUACUCUGAAGCCAAGCAGGAAAACGAGGACAUUGUCCGACGCCAGGAGGAGGAGAAGAAACGGGCACUCAUGGAGGCUCAGAUGAAGAAAGACCGGGAGCAGAGGAUGAAGAAGGCUAAGGCAGUUGAAGAAGAGGAAGGAGGAGAGUUUGAUGACCUGGUGUCUGCACUGCGCUCAGGAGAGGUCUUUGAAAAAGACGUGUCCAAACUGAACAAGAAAAAGCAGCGCAAACCCAAAGACACUGGCAGCAGAGCAAGACCAAUGUCCAACCUGAACCAGUACCAGGACAGGUAAUGACCAGUACUGGUUCACUGGGACUUGAGCUAAACCACUUCUAGGAUACCUAGUUCUGGUUCAGUGGAACUGGCACUAAACAUCAGGAUGACCCAUGACCAACACCCGUUCACUGGGACUGGGGAUGAACCAGAACCAGUAAAGUUUAUAUUCAGUAUUGAUUCACUGGGACUAAAACCAAACGAGUACUAGGAAUAGUUUCUGAACAGGAGGAGCUAAUUGGGACCAGAACUGAUCCAGUACCAGUUGAUAACCAACAGCACUGGGACUGGGAUGUAAUAAGAAUCAGGUAAGCCCACUGGGACAGAAACCUGUGAAAACAGCUUUAACCCUGAGAAAAUGCUUGAUGGCCCAAGUGGCUGAAAGUGAAAGAUACAGAAAGUCAUCUUGGUUUGUUUGUUUGUUGAUUAAAAAACCACCGUUGGCCAUUUUUCCUGAAACUCAUUUUCUUUACAUUUCACCUUUAAACAAACCCAGAAAGAGUUGAAACAUUCCCAUCAUCUCAUAUUUCUCUGCAGCCUGAAAACACUUUCAUCACACAAAUAAAGUUUAAAAGAUUCAGAAGAGACUAAAGCUGGAGACACGCGAUACAAUUUUUUGCCGGAUCUGGACGCUUGUCGGUUUGUUUGAGGAUGCUUGGUGUAUUUAGACAAGUUUAAUAAACGGAUUAAAAGGAGGUUUUGGUGCACCAAAGUCUGCAUUUGAGUAAAAAUUGUUGGACAGAUUUGGUCCUAUUUACUAUGAAAAGAGAAUGUAAAAUGUUUGGUUAUUAAAAGACAAAUACUUUCUCAACAUUUUCAAUUGUAAGAAGAUUUAAAGUUGUCUGUAAUAUAUUUGCAGCUAUAUUUGCUAAUUACAAAUAAAAAGUCUCCAUCUGCACCAACCACCUGUGUUGGUGGGCUAAACCAUUCUUGAAUUGCAGUUGGGAGCUGCACAGAAUAAGUCCAGGGUUUGCAAAUAGACCCCACUUUGGACACCCUUGGAUUAGAUAAUCUGAUAAAUCCUUUUAUGUGGGAUUCGUCAGUAGGUGAAGUAAUUAGGUAAGUGAUCCCCAGUCUUUCAGUCAUGAAACUAGAACUAGAAAAGUUGUGUAGUGUGUCCCCAGCUUUAGACCCGCUACUUCACCCGACAGUGAAACAGCUGUUUCUGCUUAUUCAGGAGUAUGUUUCUUCUUUUUAUUUACUAUUUAUUGUUCGUUAAAGCACUUAGUCAUAAUUUUUGUGGCUCCGAACCCAGUGCAAUCUGAGAUGUAAAGAGUGACCUGUUAUUCUGAAAGGGAUGUGCAAUAACAGUUGAUUAUUAAUGCGUAUUUAUCUGCGAUUAAUGUAAUGAAAAAAUAUCCCCAAAUGGUGAUUUUUUGCAACAUUAACUAAUUUAAAUAUAGAAAAAAAUCAUAUAUUUAAAUAAUCUGCUGUAUAUAAUCAGUGUUGUAUAAAUGUGUUGUCCUCAAGUAAGAUUUUAAACUUGUUCUUGUAAUGAUUUACAACUGUUUCUAAAGUUCAACAGUGAACAAUAGUAAUGUGUAUUCUGUUUCUCUAUGAAUAACUUCCAAAAAUAAUAAAGUCUGUAUGAAAUAAAAA